AUGGAAGCUCAUCAACAAUCACAAUCAUCACUGCAGGGAGCAGCAGAUGAUCUGCCGUCUGCUGCCAUGCUUCAGAAUGAACGAGAGGUUGUGAGGAGGGCUGGACGUCAAGCAAUAUCAGCCUUUCUGGACGGACACAACUGCUUCUCCGUACUGAGAGCAAGUGGCAAAGUAGUUGUCUUUGAUACUCGCAUUCCCAUCCAGCUGGCGUUUUACGCUCUGGUCGAACAUGACAUGCAAGCUGCUCCUCUGUGGGAUCCUUCGAUAUGUCAGUUUGUGGGUUUGUUGACAGUGACGGAUUUUAUUGACAUUUUGAGGCACUACAGAAGCACCAAGGCCGAUGUGUCUACCCUGGCCACUCGAAGUAUUGCCGAUAUACUCAACGAUCCCAUCAUAAAGGAGUCGGUACUGCCUAGACACGAGGGAUUCAAUGGAGCGGAUUCUAGCACAACUCUGAAACAGGCAUGUCGGCUGCUGCACGGACACAACCUGGAUUUCUUGCCCAUUCUCAUGCCAGAAGAUAUGAGGGUUCUGGCCUGUAUUACAUACACCAACAUUCUGGAACAUUUAGUCACCCAUUUCAGAGAACAAAGACGGCUUUUUGAUGAUACCAUACACGACUUGAGGAUCGGGACAUAUCAUGGAGAUUUGAUCAAGGUAGCACCCCAGCAGUCCCUGGCAGAAGCCUUGGAGCUGAUGCAUCAACAUCGAUUGUCGGCGUUGCCUGUGGUGGAUAAAGGAACCGACAAGAUUGUUGGUGUCUACAGCCGAUCGGACAUUACGUUUCUGACCAGAGCAACCGAUGCCGAAGACGCUGUAGCCAAUUUGGACAUGACCCUCAGUGAUGUUCUCAGUCAACAGCGAACGGAUGUAACCACUCCCGAUGCUUUGCACACUUGCAAGAUGGGGGAUACCCUACAAUCGAUCUUUGAAUACUUUGCUCAGAUACGCUUCAAUCGUUUGUUUGUAACAGAUGCGGAAGAGCGCGUCGUGGGGGUUGUAAGCGCACGAGAUUUGGUGGCCUAUUUCUUGAAUGAGAAUAACUAA